AUGCGUGGCACUAAUACCCCCUGGAAUUUUUCUUCUUCUCAUCAGAGAUGUUGCUCAUCUGCCUGCUCUGUUCUUUUACCUUUUACCCAAGCUCCUUUUUAUUCUUUUGCUCCUAUUCAAUCCUUUCUAGGUCAGACAUUCAAAGUAACAUCACAGGAAGCUACAAAGCUGAGUCUGGCAUUCUCAGGGCCUCCACUGACUUCUGCAGAGGAUUGCCGGAAGCUGAGCGAAGAUGUCCAAAAUGCCAUUCUUGCAGUUGCCACAGUGUACUACUGGCUCCCCAAGGGCCAAGGUACUACUCUUCGGAAGAUGGUGCGAGAUGCUACCACAGAAGUAGUGGAAGGAAUGAUCCAACUCACAGAAACAAUUCUCAGUGCUCCAUUGGAGAGCUUGUCUCAAGAUCAGCUUAUAUCAACUGGUGGUGUGUGGGAGGCAUGUGAGCAAGUGUCCAACCUGCCGCGAGAUAACCAGGCAGCAGUUGCAUCAGCUCUGGCUGCAUGUCUAGGUGUGGUCAAGGAUGCUCUGGAGGAGAUGGAACACGCUCUGGUGGAAGGGCAAGACCCCUACAGUGACAUCAUGGAAGAUGAAGAGCUGGGCUUUCGGGGCAACAGAGAUACGUAUUGGUCAGAAGCUGACCGGAAGCUGCUUAGCUCCUGCAUGGGAUUAAUGAAGGCUUCUAAAGCUUGCCUGAAGAAGGUCUUGGGUGUAGUGAAGGCUUAUGGCAAAGUUGAUUCUCCAGAGCAGAUCGCUCAGCUGGAUGAUCUUGCAGACAUUGCUAAUGAGAUCAGUCCAAGUGUUGAUGAGCUGGCACUGAGCAUGUAUCCACCUAUGAACCAGUUGACUGUGCGACUCAAUGCUGCUAAGUUGGCCUCGGUAUUAAAGAAAGUCUUAGAGAUUACAAAGACAAGCCAUGUAUGUCCACCAUCAGAGGAAGGCUGGGUGCAGUUUCUAACUGGUGCAGUAGAUCACAACAUGAACAAAAUCAAGAACUUCACACAUGGUCAACUUUAGCUCUUCCAUGUCUACAUGUGUUGCUGCCACUGGCUCUGGCAUAUGCUUUUCCAGUGAAUCUCGCUGUUCUCCAACUACUGGGAGAAUGAUGAGAACAAUAUUUUUAGGAGAGAACUUUACUGCCACUUGGUAAAACUUUCCCAAGGAGUUGCUCUUUGCCAUUGCAGAAGGUGUCAUUUUGCUUGAAUUCCUGGGAUGGUGUGGUGCUGCAUCUUAAUGCUGUGAAUGUGCCCCAUUCUGCAGGCAUUACAACUACUAUGGGGUUCAAAGAACAAUAAAAUAUUGCUAGAUUUGCCUGAGUGGUUUUAUCUGUUUUCAGGUGGCAGAGAAUAAAUAUAUCCAGAAGGAAAGGGUCUUGCUUCUUUUGCAAGCAGCCCAGUGAACCAUUAAAAAAUAUGCAGCACUGCUGCUAUUUCCUUUCUAACUUUAGAAAAGAGUGAACUAUCUUUCUCCUUUCUAUUUCAUCAGAAAGCAGUAGAAAAUAUUAUUUACUA